ACCACAAUUCCCCGCUGCCGGAAUUCCUGAAUGACAUCCUUCCGAUCAGGAAGAUGGCCGUACACAAGAAAUAGUUAGCGAAAUAUGAACUAUAUUUCAUUCGUUUUCUUAGUUUUAUAGACGUAUAACCGAGGUAUUUCCUGGAGAGAAAAAAAUAAACCAGUAUCCAUGGAGACCCCACAGCCCGGCCCAGCAGACGGAGAGGAGCGAUCAGUGGAGCUGCGGCCCAGAACACGCUCCAACCCGGAGGGUGCAGAGGACCGGCGCAGCAGCACUGGUAGCCUAGGCAACAGCAACCCCAGCACCCCGCAGCCCGCAGUGGGCAGCCGAGUGGAGGGAGAGGGGGAGGCCUCGACCAGCGACAGUCCUCCUAGCUCCACCACCACCACAGUCUCUGCCACCACAGCCCAGACCGUAGCCCCUAUAGUGGCAGCUACGGUCAAUGCCAUAGUAGGCCUGCCCACCCCUACGCCAGUGGCCAAGGACAGGCCCAAACCCACCCAGGCUCCUCCUCCUCUGACGCCCCCCAUCCCUCCCACGGCAGAGUUCCAGCUACGAGCACCCCGCGUCAACUGUCCAGAGAAAGUGAUCAUCUGUUUGGAUCUCUCUGAAGAGAUGUCAUCACAAAAGCUGGAGUCCUUCAAUGGAUCCAAGACCAACGCUCUCAAUAUUUCCCAGAAGAUGAUUGAGAUGUUUGUGAGAACAAAGCACAAGAUUGACAAGCGCCAUGAGUUUGCCCUGGUGGUUGUUAAUGAUGAUGCCUUGUGGCUGUCAGGUUUCACCUCUGACCCCAGGGAGCUGUGCAGCUGUCUCUAUGACCUGGACACCAACGUGUGUGAAACCUUCAAUCUAGAGGAUCUUCUUAGUGUUAUACGUCAGAAGAUAGAUCUUCCUCUCAUGGAUAACAUCCAGACCAUCCCCCCUCCGUUUGUAGUCAGGACUCUCCUCAUCUACAGUAGACACGCUGGACAGCUGCAGUUCAGCCCCUCAGACGCUGUCAAUAGCAUGCUGCUGUCUCCCUACUUCUUCUUUGAUGUGGUUUACCUUCACAACGGGGCUGAGGAGCAGGGGGAUGAGGCCAGCUGGAGGGACAUCUACACAUCGUUCUGUAACCUGGACUCUAAAGGCACCUGUUACCACUUCGAGGUAUCUCUGUGUGGGCCGGCCAUCGAGCUCCACAACUGCAUGGCCAAGCUGCUGUCCCACCCCCUCCAGAGACCCUUCCAGAGCCAUGCCUCCUACAGCCUGCUAGAGGGAGAUGACCCCCAGGAUGUAGAGGCCACCGUCUAACUGGAGGUGCCUGGUAGAGCGACGGACCCCCAGGGGAGGCCAGUGUUUAACUGGGGGUCUUCAGAGUACCCUGGUCCUGGAGAGUUACAGGGUCUGCAGGCUUUUACUCAUUUGACACUGAAUCAAGAGGAAUGUUAGUGCAGGGCUGGCGCAAAAGCCUGUUGAGUCAAGUGUGUUAGCGCUGGACUAAAUGUCUGCAUACGUUGUAGCUCUCAAGAACCAGGCUUGGAGAACAAUGCUCUAACUGGACAAGGAGAUGGGUUGCUAGGAGAUGACAAUGGGGGAAAUUAGGAAGCAUGUGUGUAUGUAUUCCAUUUUGUUUUAAACCUGAUCUGGGGACAGUGUUUUCCUUACAAGUCUUAAAGAGUGAAAUCCAUGGCAGCACUUCUAGGCCUACACAAUAGAUGUCACCCAUUUCCAUGGCAAUAACUAAAUAUAGCUAUAUACACUGUCAGGAGCAAGGUUGUUGUAAUGGGCUGUUUGGGAAGGGUUGUAAACUGAUUCAUUUUCUUGUUUUUACAUCAGUACACCCUCUGAUGGGUACAUUUGCCUUGUCAGAUCAACUGUUUAUAUUCCCACUUAUGUUGCUUGUUUUGUUUUGUCAAUUGUAUUUUCGUUGAUCUGUAUCUGAUGAUUAAAAGAUAAAUGUUAGGUUUAA